AUGCUAAAGACAUGGUAUUCUUUCCUGCUGUGCUGGCUGUCCUGGCAGCUUGAAGCUAAUCCUGGUCUUAAAGUGAGGAUUACUCAGAAGGGGCUGGACUAUGGUAUGAGACAAUCUGAGGUAAAGGUGAUGACCAAAUAUUUCCCAAGGCUUUCACACUGCAAGAGGACUGGGAUGGAGCUCCUGAAGCAAGCAGUAUUGAAAGAGACCUUCCCAAGCUGGAGUGGGCAAGAGAGUUUCUCGGUUGUUACAGUCAACUAUGUAAUUUCAAGGCUCAGAAUUAAUGCUGUAGAUUUACCAGAAACUUCUGCUUCCUUUAUUCCUGGCACUGGCAUUAGCCUGUCAGUGGCACAUGCUUCUGCUACGAUCAGUGCAGACUGGAGAAUGAACACAUGGCUGCUCAAAGACCGUGGAGGAAUUACUGUGUCCAUCUCAGGACUGUUUAUUGCAGUUAUCUUCAGAGUGUCAAGGGAUGGCACAGGCCGCUUGUCCGUGUUGCUACACAAUUGCCAGCUGAGCAUUAAUAGUGUAAAAGUCAAGUUAAAUGGAGGAUCUAGUUGGAUCUACAGCUUUCUCUCUGGUUAUCUUGAGGAGCUCAUUCACACCAAACUGUAUAAAAAUCUAUGCCUAGCUAUCAAAUACAAGAUCCAACUGAUGGAUGCUGAGCUAAGAAAGCAUAAGGUCUUAAACCAGAUUGAUGCCUUUGCACAAAUAGACUAUUCCCUAAUUAGUUCUCCAACAGUCUUCAAAUCACACAUUAACUUGGAUUUGAAGGGCACAGUCUAUCCAGUAGGAAAUCACACAGACCCUCCCUUUGUGCCAGCUCCCUUUGAUCUCCCAAACCAGGGUGAUUCCAUGCUCUACCUGGGAGUCUCCAGUUAUUUUCUUAAGUCUGCUUCACUGGCUUAUUACAAAGCAGGGGCCUUUAACGUCACCAUCUCCAAAGAGCUUGCUACUACUUUUAACCUAAAUAUCGCCUUAUUCAAAGAUUUUGUUCCUGAGGUUGCUCUGAGUUACAUAACAGGGUGCCCAGUGCUGCUGAAGCUGAUGGCUACAUCACCACCUGCAGUCAGUUUAAAUGCAGACAGAUGCAUGCUACACAUCACUGGCUGUGUAGAAAUGUUUGCUGUUCUGCCAAAUUCAACCACCCAGUACAUCUUUACAGGGAAUCUGACAGCCAGUACCAGAGCCAAUUUGACAAUAACCAAACAGAAGUUGAUUAUCUCAUUACUUCUGAAGAGGCUCCAGUUCUCCCUGCUGCACUCCACUCUUGGCUCCUCUGAACAGAUGUCACUGGUGGAGAAUUUUUUGUCUUACACUUUACAGAGUGCAGUGAUUCCAGUAAUCAAUGAAAAACUCGGAAAAGGAUUUCCUCUCCUUAACUUCGCCCACACUACCCUGACUGGACCUGUAAUAAAAAUGAAGCAGGGUCAUCUGGUGAUUUCCACUGAUGUUCACUACAAACAUGAAGAAGAGGAAGAUGAGGACCUUCACAGUCACUCAUAG